AUGUGGAACAAACAGGUGAAAACACCAGAUUCAUCCGAUGACAUCCUCCCCAUGUUGCAUGCAUACCUCCAGGCGGAUGAGUGGUCCAUGGACCAGUUACAGGAAGUGCUUCUCAAAAACUUCUACCUCUACUACGGGGUCAACGACCACGUGAACGACCUACUCCUUGAACAUUGGGCCUGGGUGUGCGUGCAUCUACCCGACGGGAGCUUACUUUACCACCUCAUGGUGAAUCAGUUUGUGUGGAACCUCAAACAAUAA